GUUGCUGUCCUUCCCAGUCGGUUCCUCGCUUUCUCCCUCGUUGCACUUAGGGUUCUUGGUCUGAAAAUUCUCGCGCCGACGAGUCAACCAGCCCAAUCAGCUCGUCACCACCCGUCCCCUCCUCCUUCGAUGGCAAAACCAGGUUACUGAGACAGUACAGCUCCCUCUAGCAAACCUAGGGCCGUGUACACAGUGCCCGUCCACUUUUCUGAUGGCGUCUGCCUCCGUGCACAAAGAUGAGAUGGGCAUUGCUGCCUACACCGACGGCCUGGGGGCCCGCGCAUCUGCACCUUUGUACCUGACGCACCAGUGCCGACCCAACUCCACCACUACGCACGCCUCGCGGCGGGUGUGCUGCAGCAAGAAGCACACCCGCCGCGAGGCGUGCGUAGUGGUGGAGUUGGGUCGGCACUGGUGCGUCAGGUACAAAGGUGCAGAUGCGCGGGCCCCCAGGCCGUCGGUGUAGGCAGCAAUGCCCAUCUCAUCUUUGUGCACGGAGGCAGACGCCAUCAGAAAAGUGGACGGGCACUGUGUACACGGCCCUAGGUUUGCUAGAGGGAGCUGUACUGUCUCAGUAACCUGGUUUUGCCAUCGAAGGAGGAGGGGACGGGUGGUGACGAGCUGAUUGGGCUGGUUGACUCGUCGGCGCGAGAAUUUUCAGACCAAGAACCCUAAGUGCAACGAGGGAGAAAGCGAGGAACCGACUGGGAAGGACAGCAACGAGAGCGUGUAGGAAGCGGAGCGGGUCGAGUUUGGCCGUGCUAGGACUGGCCACAGCGGCACCGGAGAAGCGGCACCGGAGCAACGGCACCGGAGCAGCGGAACCGGAGCAGCGGAACCGGAGCAUGUGGAUGGCAUCGAGCCGUGGCGCACGGACAAGUAUCUCUUGUGUUGUCAAUUGUUUUCCGUAUUUUUCCUGAAUAUAGGUGUUGGGUGUGUGUGUUGACGUCACUGGUUUUGUAGAGAGACGCGGCAGAGAUGGCGCGGAUAACCCGGGUGCCUUAAUUGUGUACCUGCAUCGUGGAAGACCCCUUCAAUGAGGAACGAUUCCUAGUCAGUGUCGUUGUUUACACUGCUGUGCCUAACACAGAUGAUCUGGGUAGAUUCGGGUGAUUGUCAACUGCAAUGAUGGCUUUGGUUGGGUGUUCUUCUUCAUUGUAUGUCCACAGACUCAUUCUGACAGCACUUCGGACAGCAGCUGCAUGCCCCGAGCUUGUUUACCAUGCACCAUGGUGUUAUUGUUGUACAGACAGCACUUCAGACAGCAGUACUAUGUAGUCGACAAUCAUUCAUUUUGGUUAAAUGCGGGACAAGGGGGGUGAUGCUGCUGCUGUAGUCGAAUUGUAGUGUGUGGGCGUGUAGUUCAGUUGUGAGCACGCAAACGUGCUGCAGGGAUUGUAGGUGUACCUCCUCGGGCUUGUGUACCCUUUUCUUGCUGAUAGUGUGCGUGUUCUUUAGAUCUUCUGGUGGCUCUAGCAUUUUUGUGACCACGGACCGAGUCUUCGCUAGAUUUUGGGAUUAGAAACUGACACGAGUUUAAUGUAAAGAAAACAACA